GCGUGUAUUCACAAAAUAGGAUAAGACACAUCGAGUUGAGGUUAUUUAUCGUCUUUUUCUCUAUGUUGACCAUAUUAGUGAGUGCUGCUACAGCCAAUACAGCCGGGACUCUGGUACAUGAGUUGUCCCAGACCAACAGUGUGAAUGUGCACGCAUUUGUUCGCGAUGUAGCUGACCCGCGAGUAUCUCCUCUGGCCGCUCUACCGAAUGUAACGCUUGUGAAAGGGGACUUUGACGAUAAAGAUAGUGUAGACGCUGCUUUGAAGGGCGUCGAUCGAGCCUUUCUGGUGAGCUCGUGUUUCACGCAUGAUAUGUUUGAGCGUGAAUGCAACUUCAUCGAGUCUGCGGCUAGACAUUCGGUCCCUGUCGUCAAAGUGGGCACAGCGACCGUCUUGACACACCCAGGUUCGCGUACAGCAUACGGUCGUAACCACUACUGCAUAGAGGCAUUCGCACAAGUGCAGAGGUACAAGGUUGUGGUGCUUCGUCCGAACUGGUUCAUGGAUAAUCUACUGGCUGGCGUAGAAGAGGUCAAGGCUUCGGGAAAAUUGAGCUAUCCUUGUGCCGGUGAUGGAAACAAGAUGGCAAUGGUAGACCCUAGGGAUGUUGCACGAGCUGCUGCCACGAUACUGCUAGCUGAUGAGUCCAAGUUCAACGAGUUUCUUCAGGAGCGUGCGAUUGAGGUACACGGACCCGAGAUGCUGAGUUUGGCUGAAGAAGUGCAGGCGCUCUCUGAUGGCAUUGGCUAUGAUGUGAAGAUCCAGGCAGUGCCACCGACUGCGCUAGUGGAUGUGAUGGUUUCAUUUGGAAUGGUUAAAGUUUUCGCCGAGGCCUUCUGCAACACGAUACUCAAAUUGAAUGGCGAUAUACAAGCGGAAAACCGCAUAGUAAAUGAAAGUUCGGCGUUACUCACUGCAUCCGGCUGGAGUCCCAAAUACACUGUCAAGGACUGGGCACAAUCAAAGAAAAUACAAGGUGCAUUCGCCAGAUAGUGGAUUCUCGAAUGAAGUGUACCAUCUUCGCUCCUGAAGGCACGACUUACCGACUACCGUCGCUAUUUUCUAAAACACAUAUACGGAUAAUGCAGUUCUCGACUAUUGGGAAUUAAAAAAUGCCCACCUCAAGCCUAAUCUCUGGGCUCCAAGCAAUAUUCACAAAUCUAGUAUAUGGGGUAUUUAUGGGCGACUCUGUCGGCACGUGGGAGUCUAUUGGGUUCCUGCGAAUGCUGCCUAACCGAGUCAAGGUAAAUAAACGCAAGAUAUUUUCUUCCUAA